UGAUAAAGACUGUGAAAAGCCCUUGUUGACUUGUUGAUGUUCUGCGAUAAGAGGAAACACCAGGUAGAAGUCACAAGUGACUGAUUCUAGACCAAGGCAGUACUUGGCUUUACACCGCUUCUAAGAGCUAAGCAGGAUGUUUCCACGUUUUCUUAGGAUUUUCGGGCUCCUGUGGAGUUUUAUAGGAGCAAUCCACUGUGUCUCGGUGACUAUACCAAAUCCUGUGGUGAAUGUAACAGUCGGGCAGACUGCAACUAUCGCCUGUACGUAUACUCUUACUGAGGCCAGCGCUCGAAAUCUUGUUGUACAAUGGGAUUUUGUAGAAGCCCAUUCACAGCAAGCUGUUACUGUAUAUGCUUACCAAAAUGGAAAGUCAUGGUCAAUGGGAAGGUUUGCAAACAGGGUGACAGCCUCCAAUGCCACUGGGAAUGCUACAAUAACUAUUUCAAACAUGCAACCGCAAGAUACUGGAAUCUACAAGUGUGACAUUACCAACUUUCCAGAACCCCAGGGUUCAGGUCAAGUUCAGCUGAUUGUCCAGGUGGCUCCAUCAACUCCGCACUGCAGUAUUCAAGGCCAUAUUGUGGUUGGGCAUGCUGUACAUCUGGCAUGCCUUUCUGAGCAAGGAAUGCCUCGCCCAGUAUAUACCUGGUACAGAGUGGAAAAUGGAAAUCUGAAGACAGUUAAUGCAGCACAGCAGAAUGGAGUCCUGACUUUAGGUAAUAUGACCAAGUUUGAAGAUGGAUACUACCGCUGCACAGCAAGCAACAGCUUAGGCAACGCGACCUGUGAACUGGAUUUACAUACAGGAGGUGAAGCGGGGAUCAUUGUGGCAGGAAUUAUCGGGGCAGUACUCUUGGCAGUAAUUAUUUGUGGUGUCAUCUGGUUCCUUGUUGUAAAAAAGAAGAGCAAAAAGAAGCAGUUGAAGAGCAGUGAACUGAAAACAAUGUCCGCUCCAGCAGGCCAGAACGCAGCAGAGGAGCCAGCCCGCCAGAACCUUGUGGUGUCUGAGCCUCCAGAAAUCAAUGAAUAUCAAGAUGUGCCAGAAAAUGUGGCAGCUGCCAAUGGUGAAGUGGAGGAUCCAGCAGUGUAAACAGCUUUUUACAACUUCACAACCUUGAGAUCAUAAAUACGGCAAAUGCAGUUGUAUCAAAAAAGUUUCCCACAAAAGACAUUUAUGCCAUAUUAUGGUGAGGCAGCCACUGAUCGCCGCACACAGGCAGACGUUGAAAAGAGAGAUGGUGCCCAUGUCCUCCGCUCUCUCCAUUCUAACCUAUAGAAGUUACAAACACAGUUUAGCAGGUGGAUCUGAGGCUAGAGGAACCCCACUUACCAGACAUUUAUGGCAGGUCAUGUAGCUAUGCCAUUCAUUUCUUUUGUGGGAAUACCCAUAUUACCUGCUUUAAAAAAUAUCUUUUUUUUAAUCUAUUUUUUUACAUUUUAUAUUCUUGGCUUUGCAUAUUGCUUUUUUUUUUUUUUUAACUAUGUACAUUUACAUUCGUUGAAAAGGUUGGCAAUGACCAAAAUUUAGAUAUGACAAGCUAUUUAAAGAGCUGGUGAAGAAAUAGUAUAACCAGCAAUGUGCCCCAUGUGUUCAAGAGGUAUGGCACAUUCUAAUAAUUAUAAGUUUUUUUUCACUGCCUAACAGCAAUCUGGAAAAAGCCAAAUGACAGCAUUGGUAAUUGUCUUAAUCGUGGCUUUAUUUUUAAGAUAGGAGCCCCAUCGGUCUGGCUUUUGCAAACAAGUGGCCACACAUCAAAGCUGCUAUAUCCCACAGUGUCUGCUAUGUGGACCAAAAGUCAUAGCAUGUUUCCAACUGCAGAUCUGCCUCAGACGGCUCAUGCAGAGCCCUUCCCCAUUCAAAAUUGCAGUGGGAAACAUGCUACAAGUUUACAAAAAUUUGUCGUGUAAAGGAGCCCUUAGAGUAUGGAAAAUCUGCAGGACUUUAACAGGUUAUUCUGCAGCAGUAAAUCACAGGAAAUCAAAUCCCUAAUGUAAUACAGACCCCCCCCUCCCCCCGUAAUAUAAACCUUUUAACAAAAUACAGACCGCAUGGUGACCCCCCCUCCCCACAUGUAAUAAAGACAACCCCCAUGUGUAGUGCAUAGCUCCUCAUGUAAUACAGACCCCAAUGUACAAAUGCAGACUCCAAUGUAAUACAGUCCUCAGGUGCAGACCCCAAGUGUAAUAUAGACUCAGUUGCAGGCCCACAAUGUAAUGCAGUUCUCAGACGCAGACCACCUAUAUAUAUAACACAGAGCCCAGACACAGACCCUUACUGUAAUACAGACCCUAGAUUCACACCACCAUAUACUGCAGACCCCAAUACAGACUCCCAAUGUAAUACUGAUUCCAGAUGCAGACCUCUGUCUAAUUUAGACCCCAGAUGCAGACACCAGUGUAGUAUAGACACCAGAUGCAGACCCCCAAUACAAUACAGAGCACAAAUGUAGACCCCCAAUACAAUACAGACCAUAGAUGUAGACCCCCAAUACAAUACAGACCACAGAUGUAGACCCCCAAUACAAUACAGACCAUAGAUGCAGACCAUCAACAAACACAGAGCAUAGAUGUAGACCCCCAAUACAGACCACAGAUGUAGACCCCCAAUACAAUACAGACCACAGAUGUAGACCCCCAAUACAAUACAGACCACAGAUGUAGACCCCCAAUACAAUACAGGCCACAAAUGUAGACCCCCAAUACAAUACAGACCAUAGAUGUAGACCCCCAAUACAAUACAGACCACAGAUGUAGACCCCCAAUACAAUACAGACCACAGAUGUAGACCCUCAAUACAAUACAGACCACAGAUGUAGACCCCAAUACAAUACAGAACAUAGAUGCAGACCAUAAACAAACACAGACCAUAGAUGCAGGCCCCUCAUCUAAAGCACCCCCUAAUUUUAUACAGUCCCCAGCUGUUAGAUAGACUUACUCACCAGUCACUGAAGGUGAUCAGGAGGACAAGUCUAGAAAAGGAAGGGUCGGGCCAGGGAUCUGCAGCAGCCAUAAGUAAAGUCCUUGGAAAGAUUUCCUUCAUCAGGGCAACAAGCCCUGUUACCUCAGGGAGCAGUACAUUAGCGUGCACAGCGGGAAUUCUAUUGCUAUGGAUCUGGUAUUUAGUGCCCCAUAGAAAUGAAUAGUGAAAGUAGAUGAUGUGGAAUUCAGCAUGUCCAAUGUGUGGUCAUGUGUAACUGUUAUUCCGAUGGGGCUCCUUGAAAAUAAAACCGUCAGUAAGUGAAUUAAAAUGUGUUUGUUAGUCACUUACCGGGGGCUUUUUUUCAAGAUAUGAACCCCGUCACCUAAUUGUCCAGAAUACUGCUUUAAUUCACUUUACAGUUAUUAGCAAAGGUAUUGAGCACAGUCUUUGUAAAAAAAAAAAAAAAAAAAACCUGGUGUGCAUGACUUGCACCACAUUUAUGUGUUUUAGAAACUUAUGUGCCUCACUUGACAAGGGGCAUGGCUUAACAUGAAUGGGCAUGGCUUGGGUGGAAGUGUAUUGCCUACAUGUGACAUUGCGUUCCAAAAUAUUAGUACAGAAUUCUAGGCCAAUUAAGCCAAUUUAAGGUUAGGCAAGUGUCUAAAGAUGCACCAAAUUUAUCAAAGCCACUUUGAUAGGUCUGGCACAUUCUUAGACUAAGUUUACACCAUCUAAGAAUUACACACUUAAGUGAAUCUGCUUUUUCAUAUAAAAAUAAUAUUUUUUGUUUACUUCAUUAUUCACAUGUAAGCUAUAUGAUCUAUGGGUAGUAGUCCUAAGAACGAUUGUGUAAAAAAAAUUGUAGGCUAUAAAUACAGUUGCAAGAAAAAGUAUGUGAAUUGUAUUGAUUUCUGCACAAAUUGGUAAUAAGAAUUAAAUCUUACCAUGUUUUUAUUGAACACACCAUGUAAACAUUCACAGUGCAGGUGGAAAAAAGUAUGUGAACCCCUAGACUAAUGACAUCUCCAAGAGCUAAUUGGAGUGAAGUGUAAUCCAACUGGAGUCCAAUCAAUGAGAUGAGAUUGGAGGUGUUGGUUACAGCUGCCCUGCCCUAUAAAAAACACCCACCACUUCUGGGUUUGCUUUUCACAAGAAGCAUUGCCUGAUGUGAAUUAUGCCUCGCACAAAAGAGCUCUCAGAAGACCUACAGUUAAGAAUUGUUGACUUGCAUAAAGUUGGAAAGGGUAAUAAAAGUAUCUCCAAAAGCCUUGCUGUUCAUCAGUCCACGGUAAGACAAAAUGUCUAGAGAAAGUUCAGCACUGCUGCUACUCUCCCUAGGAGUAACAUAGUAACAUAGUUCAUAAGGUUGAAAAAAGACCAGUGUCCAUCAAGUUCAACCUAUAACCCUAAUGAGUCCCUACUGAGUUGAUCCAGAGGAAGGCAAAAAACCCUCAUACUAGAGGUAAAAAUUCCUUCCCGACUCAAAAUAUGGAAGUCAGAAUAAAUGCCUGGAUCAACCUUCUGUCCCUAUAAAUCUAUUAUACAUAAACAGCUAUGUUAUUAUUUUCCAAAAAUGCAUCCAGGCCCCUUUUGAACUCUUUUACAGAGUUCACCAUGACCACCUCUUCAGGCAGAGAAUUCCACAGUCUCACUGCUCUUACAGUAAAGAACCCCCGUCUGUGCUGGUGUAGAAACCUUCUUUCCUCUAAACAUAAAGAUUACUGCAAGAUUACUGCAAAAGCACAGCACGGACUGCUCAAUGAGGUGAACAAGAAUCCUAGAGUGUCUGCUAAAGACUCACAAAAGUCUCUGGCAUAUGCUAACAUCCCUGUUAGCGAAUCUACAAUAUGUAAAACAAUAAACAAGAAUGGAUUUCAUGGGAGGAUACCACAGAGGAAGCAACUGCUGUCUAAAAAAAACAUUGCUGCACGUUUACAGUUUGCACAAGAGCACCUGGAUGUUCCACAGCAGUACUGGCAAAAUAUUCUGUGGACAGAUUAAAUCAAAGAUGAGUUGUUUGGAAGAAACACACAACACUAUGUGUGGAGAAAAAGAGACACAGCACACCAACAUCAAAACCUCAUCCCAACUCUGAAGUAUGGUGGUGGGGGCAUCAUGGUUUGGGGCUGCUUUGCUGCGUCAGGGCCUGGACAGAUUGCUAUCAUCGAAGGAAAAAUGAAUUCCCAAUUUUAUCAAGACAUUUUGCAGGAGAACUUAAGGUCAUCUGUCCACCAGCUGAAGCUCAACAGAAGAUGGGUGUUACAACAGGACAACGACCCAAAGCAUAGAAGUAAAUCAACAACAGAAUGGCUUAAACAGAAGAAAAUACGCCUUCUGGAUUGGCCCAGUCAGAGUCCUGACCUCAACCCGAUUGAGAUGCUGUGGCAUGACCUCAAGAAAGCGAUUCACACCAGACAUCCCAAGAAUAUUGCUGAACUGAAACUGUUCUGUAAAGAGGAAUGGUCAAGAAUUACACCUGACUGUUGUGCACAUCUGAUCUGCAACUAAAGGAAAAGUUUGGUUGAAGUUAUUGCUGCCAAAGGAGGUUCCACUAGUUAUUAAAUCCAAGGGUUCACAUACCUUUCCCAUCUGCACUGUGAGUGUUUACAUGGUGUGUUCAAUAAAAGCAUGGUAAGAUUUAAUUCUUUGUGUGUUAUUAGUUUAAGCAGACUGUGAUUGUUUAUUGUUGUGACUUAGAUGAAGAUCACAUUUUAUGACCAAUUUGUGCAGAAAUCCAUAUAAUUCCAAAGGGUUCACAUACUUUUUCUUGUAACUGUAUGUGUUGGGUGUCAUGGGUUUAGUGCUGUUUUAUCUUAUAGGAAUGUUAUUAAAAAUAUGAUA